AUGGAUAAGGAGAACAGGUCCAAAAAAAUAUUUCAUGGGCCGGGCCCACAAACCGAAACAUAUAUAAACCGCCCGAACUCCAGCUUGGACUAUUCUUCUCCUCCUCCAAUUCCUCUUCCCCACCGUCUUCGGAGAACCAGCCAGCAGCCAGAAAAGAACACCGCCGUCGCCGUCAUCAUUAAAAUCCCCCGCGAAAAUCCCUAUAUCCUCUCUCUCUAG